AUGUCUGGGCUCUUGGACCGAAUUCCAGACGCGGUUGCGAUGAGAUGCCUCGCGCACGCUCCAUUAGACCUUCAUCCGAAUAUAGAGCUCGUGUCUCGUUCAUGGCGAGCAGCGAUACGCAGCGACGAGCUCUUCGAAGUCCGUAAAGAAGUUGGAUCAACAGAAAACUUUCUCUGCGUGUGCGCUUUCGAUCCUGAGAACACGUGGCAAGUCUACAGCCCCAACUGCGAUCGCUGGCUUACUCUCCCCAUCCUUCCGUCGAGAAUCCGCCAUCUCGCCAAUUUCGGAGCUGUCACCACCGACGGGAAGCUCUUUGUCUUAGGCGGAGGCAGCGAUAACGUCGAUCCGCAGACUGGCGAUCACGACGGCACUUUCGCGACGGACGAGGUCUGGUGUUACGAUUUUGUUGAGAGGCGGUGGAGUCCUCGCGCGCCGAUGCUCGUGCCUCGCGCUAUGUUCGCCUGCUGCGUUCUCGACGGGAACAUUGUCGUUGCUGGCGGAUUCACGACUUGCCGGAAAUCGAUAUCUGGAGCUGAGAUGUACGAUCCGGAGAAGGACGUGUGGACUCCGAUCCCGGAUCUUCACCGGACUCACAACUCGGCCUGCUCGGGUCUGGUGGUGAAAGGGAAAGUCCACGUAUUGCACAAAGGGAUAUCGACGGUGCAGGUUCUUGAGAGUGUGAAACUCGGAUGGACUGUGAAAGAGUAUGAGUGGCCUCAAGGUCCAAUGGCUGUUGUUGAGGACGUGCUUUACGUCAUGAGCAAUUCAAUGGUGUACAAACAAGAAGAAGAUGAUGACACGUGGAAGAUGGUUGCGUCGGCGUCAGAGUUUAAGCGGAGGAUUGGAAUGGCCAUGACGAGUCUGAAUGAUGAGGUUUAUCUCGUAGGAGGAGUGCUUGGGCCUGAUAGAUUGAAUUGGGACAUCAAGCCGGUGUCGGACGUUGACGUUUUGACUGUUGGGAGUGAUCGUCCGGUGUGGCGGAAGGCUGGGCCGAUGAAGGGUCGUGGUACGAUCCGUUGCUGGACGCAGCUGACAAUCUGA